AUGGGUCGCACUAAUGUAUAUACGGCCCAAAAAUUUUUUUCUAUCAUAAUUAUGGUAGUAAAUAUAUUUUCAGUUACAUCAAAACUGAAAGAAUUGAAAAACGAAGAUCCACAAUCUUCAUGGACUGGAGAUAUGUUUGCUGAUUUUAACAACAAAUACGCGGUUCUAAUUGAAAAGGAAUUUUCGUUAUCUGAUUAUUUCAAAAAGGAAAGUCUUGAAAAUCUGACAAAUUUUUUGCGCAAGAACAAUUAUUGCCCAGGAAACAUCCACAGUUGUUCGUUAAAAACAUCAUCAAGUGGCCAAUUCCAAAUUUUUAAUAAUAGAUAUUUUUGUUUGUGCAAUCAUACUUAUGACAGUGAUAUCGAUACAGAUGAAAGUGCAUUGAGUGAUUUACACCGUGCCGUUUUUAACUAUCCUCCAUCUAGAUUACUUGACUCUUUUUGCGUCGAUACCAUUGAGCUAGAAGACAGUUAUGUUGUUACUGGAGUGAGAUUCAAAAGGUAUGAUAAUAAAAUCCAUCUUGAAGUGCAAAAGGCGAAGUUAUCUAAUGGGCGAAUCAUUUCGGAUUCCAUCAAAUGGCACAAUCAAGGAAAAUGUGUUAAUUCAACAAAAAUAUUUACAAGAAACAGCAAUUUUAUCUACGAUGGUUUUAAAAUUGUACUGAAUGAUUUUAUUCUACCAGAUAAUUAUGUUGUUACAGGUGUAAAAUUUGGAGAACAAGUAAUUGGUCGGUACCUCAGCGAUAAUCACAAUCUCCAUAGAACAAAACCUCCAAUUAUCCAAAAAAUAGAAUGUAAAGGAACCAAUAAUAUUCUUCAAAACUUAGAGAAAAUCCGGCCAUCAACGUCAUUAGUAGGAAACAACACCAUACUCAGCCGUUCGUGCCAAGAGCAUUUUGUCUUCACUACAACUUCUUUUGAUUUUGACUAUCAGCAGCACAUUGUUCCAUACGUAGAUUUACGUGAAGUAAUUACUAGUCCACCUGAAGCUAUCCAUGGAAUCGGUUGGUAUUAUCGUGGCGCUCCGGGAUAUGGAGGGUUCCUGGGAUUGAAAAUCUUCGUCAAUAGAUACUAUUAA